AUGAAGGAAUAUGUAGAGAGAUAUAAGGAAAUAGAGGAGUUAGAAGGAGGGAGAGAGGGAGAGGGAGAGGGAGAGGGAGAGGGAGAGGGAGAGGGAGAGAGAGAGAGAGGAGAGACAGAGAGAGAGAGAGAGAGAGAGAGAGAGAGAGAGAGAGAGAGAGAGAGAGAGAGGAAGAGUAUUGUCGAGAGAGUGAAUACUGCUUUGCCAGGAUCUCCUCAGACUCAGAGCACUGCUAAAAUAACGAUUGAAAGCAUCAAUUCGAAAGUGCCGCAUCUUACGCCCAACGAUGACAUGAAGUUGCAGUUGUUGACACGUAUCAAGGCAGAUGAGUCUAUGAUGAUACCGUUUCGUCGAUGGGAAUUGCACGAGCUACCAGCACUCACACAAGGAUCCACCAUAGAAAUCUGGUCGGUCAAGACGUGUUCUGCAUUAGAGAGUCCCAGAUAUGUUAUAGUAUUUUUCCAAACGAAAAAAGCCGAUAAUUUGCAUGAAGACGUCACCGUGUUCGAUUAUGCCAACAUCAAAUCCAUACGAUUGGCUCUGAAUAGCGACUAUUAUCCGCAAGAAAGAAUGCUAUUGGACUUUUACAAAGACCAAUAUGCCGACGCUCACUUCAACUAUACAGAUGGCGGCGACAAAAAAUCGGUACAAUACCAGGGGCAAUCGGACCGCGGCCACGUGCGAUCUGCGCGUAGAAUUUUACCAGGGAUCAUCCAGAUGUUUGAUUGCUGA